AUGCAUAAUGUUCAUGGGUUUCCUAACUGUCAAACAUUUAUUGUCAAUCCCGUCGAUACGAUACUAUUGUUAUCAAUCAUACUGGUAUUAAGUGCAGCUCAAGAAUCUUACACUACCGAUGGCUUUAAUGAUAAAUUAAAUAGCGUGGAACCAAAUCCAUCUGUACGGUUGGAUCCAUAUAUUCGGAAAGCUUUACUGAAAGCGCUAAGCGAUCUUGAAGAGAGCGGAACAGUAUCAGACCCAGAAUCGACAGAUGCUUCAUCUACAAGUUCUGAAACUCUGAGCACAAGUGAAAAUAAUUUUGGAGUACGGAAGCCAAAAGAAAAUAUACAGAUUCACUCAUUUGUCGUAAACGGCCAAGAAGCUUUUAGAAAUAACACAAAUGCCUCACCGACAUUGUUAGACAACAAGAUAUCUAUACUUAGUACAACAGUAGGUAAUGUAGAAAACUAUAUAACUGCAACACUUCCAACACAAACACCUUUCAAAGAGAUAUUUCAAGCCAAAGAGUCGGGAGUAAAUGUUCAGCAAAUCAGAAGCAUCACAUCAAAAUCAAGUUUUGGAAGCAGUCAAGCAAACAAAAUAAGCACAUCAAAACCACGCUUGAUAUCAACAACUUCAACUACCUCCACAACAACAACUACAACGACUACGCCCAAACCAACCCAUGAUAAGGAUGGUACAAAUAUUGAAGAGGUAGAUAAACGCGACGUUCAAGUCUAUCAGGCACCACUCGUCGCAGCUUUUACAGUUCAUCAAGACGCGCAUGGCAUUCCCAAAAAAGUUAUUCCUAUAUAUCAACAAACAACAAAUCAGGAUGGUUUGAAACCCUUAGAUUCAAAUCCCCAACAAGAUGUAUCAAAUAACAACGGGAUCCCUAAAAUCUCCCAAUCAGACUACAUCUCACAGCAACUAACUUUACAAAAGCAACUCGAAGAAAAACAAAGAUUUUUAGAAGAACAGCUCAGACUAUUACAGAUACAGCAGAUACAACAAGAACAGUUAUUACGUAAACAGCAAUUUCUUCUCCAGCAAAAAGAAGCGCAAAGACAACAACUUCUUCAAUUUGAGCAGGAACAAUUCAAAAGGCAACAAGUGGAACAGCAAAAUGCACAACAGAAAAAUGUUCAGCAACUUUUAAAUCCAACCGGAAUUCAGCCUCCUAAUUCUCAAAUAACUAUUCAACCAAGUGUAGCCAUAUCACAGAGCAAUACGUUAGCUAAUCAAGCAUUACCUAACAAAGAGGCUAUAGAUUUUCUCAUUCAUCUACGUAGCCAACAAUCGGAACAAUUUCCUUUACAAAACAAUCACCUUCCACAAGGAAUAAGCAGUUUCUUACAACCAAACCAAAACUUUGCUCAGAAUCAAAAUUUUAAUCAGGGGAAACAGGGAAAUCGUGUCUUCCGACAUGAAAGCGGUGUAGGUAAUUUCGGAAUUAAUAAUCUAAACUACAAUAGAUUUAAUACAUUCAGUCCGGUUCAUACAAAUGGAUUCUUCCCCAUAAAUCAGCAGAACCAAUUUAGUCCAGAUGCUGAAUUAAAACAAUUAUUAGUCCAAACUGGUUUGAAUGGUAGAGCGCACGAAGACCUAAAUAUUGUAACUAAGGUUUUAUCUCUAAAUCACGGUGUACCAGUAAAUGUAUCCAACAGGUUAAAUUUUGAUAGUAGACGACAUGUACGACCGUUUCAAACGCAAUGA